CCUCCGCGUCAGACCGGAAGAGUUAGCCUGCUGAUGCUAAGCUAAGGCAGUCCACUCCUCCACCGGAUGUUCCAGUUCGUCGCCCGCCGGCCGCCCCGAUAUUCCCCGGACAGUCCAGGACGAAUUCGUGUCGACUGACCAGAGUCCACGAAUCCUCGUCCUCUCCCGAGCGAAGCAGCGAAGCUCGACCCGCCUUAGCGCCACUAGCUUGCCGGCUAGCCUCCGGACCGGACUCCCACGGGGACCCAGCCGAGAUGUCCCUGCACCAGUUCCUGCUGGAGCCCAUCACCUGCCACGCCUGGAACCGCGACCGGACACAAAUCGCCAUCAGUCCCAACAACCAUGAGGUUCACAUUUACAAGAAGAGCGGGAACCAGUGGGUGAAGAGUCACGAGCUGAAGGAGCACAACGGCCACAUCACAGGCAUCGACUGGGCGCCCAAGAGCGACCGCAUCGUGACGUGCGGCGCCGACCGGAACGCCUACGUGUGGUCGCAGAAGGACGGCGCCUGGAAGCCCACGCUGGUCAUCCUCAGGAUCAACCGCGCCGCCACCUUCGUCAAGUGGUCGCCGCUGGAGAACAAGUUUGCCGUGGGCAGCGGCGCGCGGCUCAUCUCCGUCUGCUACUUCGAGUCGGAGAAUGACUGGUGGGUCAGCAAGCACAUCAAGAAGCCCAUCCGCUCCACCAUCCUCAGCCUGGACUGGCACCCCAACAACAUCCUGCUGGCUGCCGGCUCAUGUGACUUCAAGUGCAGGGUCUUCUCCGCCUACAUCAAGGAGGUGGAGGAGAAGCCGGGGCCCACGCCGUGGGGCAGCAAGAUGCCGUUUGGAGCGGUGCUGGCAGAGUUUGGCGGAGCAGGUGGCGGCGGGUGGGUCCACUCCGUGUCCUUCUCCGCCUCUGGGAACCGCCUGGCCUGGGUCAGCCACGACAGCACCGUGACCGUGGUGGACAGUUCCAAGACGUCCAGCCCCUCACAGCUGAAGACCGAGUUCCUGCCUCUGCUCAGCGUCAUAUUCGUCUCGGAGAACAGCCUGGUGGCAGCGGGUCACGACUGCUGCCCCAUGCUCUUCCGCUGCGACGAUGGCGGCUCGCUCACCUUCGUGUCCAAGCUGGACCUGCCAAAGCAGAGCGUCCAGAGGAACAUGUCGGCCAUGGAGCGCUUCAGGAACCUGGACAAGAGGGCCACCACCGAGGAUCGCAACACCGCCCUGGAAACGCUGCACCAGAACAGCGUCACCCAAGUGUCCAUCUACGAGGGAGACAAAAGGGACUGUCGCAAGUUCUGCACCACCGGCAUCGACGGCGCCAUGACCAUCUGGGACUUCAAGAGUCUAGAAGCUUCUAUCCAGGGCCUGCGCAUCAUGUGAAGGCCGGUGAAUGAAGGAGGGCAGGGUCUGAGCCCUGACCCCACCCCUCGCCCCCCCGCCCGCCUCUCCAAACCCCAUCUGUGACUUACACGACUGACCGCCGGAGCCAGUGUCUGCUGAAGCACUGACCACAGGACACACACACUCUGUGGGCUGACUUGCCACAUCACUGUUGACUUUUUUUAACUUUUGUUUUCUGGAUUUGAAUCGAUGGUGACCCCCCCCCCCCCCCAAAAAAAAAAAAAAAAACAACCAGUGCGCCGGUCCUGGCCCGCGGCGGCCGUCGGCGCAGCCACCACACUAAUCAUGGAGCCGCCGGGGUUUUGUGUGUAACUGAGGACGUCCUGAAUAAAGAUGAAUCCCACUGCAGCCCGUCUGCUCU